UAAGAGGAUUAUAAACAUCUAACUGUAUAGGUAUAACUAAAAUCUAUCAUAAUGAAAUUACUUAACAGGCGCACGACGUCAGCGAUGCAGUUCUGGUGCCUGUACAUGCUCAUCUUUUGGUUCCUGCGAGAAAACGAUGCAGUCAUCAACAGCAGACUGUGGUACACCGAAAAAGCUGACCCCGCAUACGUGGCAGCAGGCGACAAGAUCGAGUUCGCUACGACGUCCAUGGCUCGGUGCGCCGCUGUAAGCAGCGCUGCAACGGGUGCAGAUCUCGUGUGUUAUGAUGGCGCCACUUGCGUUAUCAUCACAGCUGCAAACCUCAAUGGCAUCAGGGGUCGCGUCUCAAACUGGAAAUGCUUCCUGGCCGGGUCUCGAUGCCGAUAUCCUUUCUACGAGUACCCGGAGUUUGGAUGCCUAAUCUUCGUUACCAACAACCUGGUAAAUUUCACGACAGCGCAUCUCACCUCUACUCUCCUGAAACAGUAGCCGAAGCCGUUGCCAUGUCCAACUACCUGUUCUACACAAGAUACGUGAAACCUCUGGGCAAUUUGUGCGGAGCUGCGGCUCCUCUGCCGGACGGGCAGCCGCGGCCAUGCAACCCAUACACAUACGGCCUGUAUUGUUGCAACGCUACCGGCAUGUGUGGGAACUCUACAGCCGACUGCGCCUGUCCCACAUGCGUCAACUACAACAAAAUAGCCCGGAGAUUCUCUGUUGGAUUUGAAAUGACCGACAACGUUUGGAAGUUCGACAACGGAGUUACCGUGAGCAAAGCCAUGGCCUCUGUCCCGUGGAGCCCAACUGACCCGAAGAACAUCACCACUACCUGCGCCGUCAUGCUUCAUGCACCCCUGUAUAACUGCAAGUUUCACUACACAGAUAUUGCAUGUUCCACAAUAGCGGCCUACAUUUGUGAAUGGGAUUAAUGUUCCAAACCGUCACAUUUCGCUCGCAUUUGAUUAAACCCGUUCGAUAUUUCCGGCUCGAGAAAAUGGUUGGUUCAAGUUUAGUUCAAACUGGUUGGAAUAAAACAAAUUUUUUUUAUUCUCGAUUUAAUUGCUUCGUUCCAUUUGCUCUUUCGAAAUUAAGGUCGUCAACCUGUAAUAAAUAAUCAUUAUCAAUAGUUAUUGGUCUAUGAACACAUCACUAGCGGUGUAAGGUGAUAAUUCAACUCAGCACAAUUCACAUGUAUGACAUGCACAGUGCACACCGCCACAUUUAUAUCACGCACAGCCUUCCGUAUAUCAUUCAUUUUAUAAUCACACACGGCCUUCUACAUAUCAUUUAAUUGUCCGGCCGAGGUACAAGGGCGUAGCAAUUCCACAACCGAGUGAAAUACUCGGUCGUUCGCUAUACAAGCCCACAGAGCCUAUGCCAGUGUGCUGCUCUAGCCCACCAAUGACUCAAGCACUGCCUCAUACCAGUCCGAAGACUAGCGGGUCUGUGGCGACCCCGACAGUGGAUCUAAGGAGCGGGCUCCACAAUUUUUAUCCGAUAUAACAAUUCUAAAAAGUCGGUUGGUCCUGAAUUUCUUACUUCAUGGAACGGGGAUUCGAAGCGUUGAUACGUGGCGCUCGUUACCUGUCAAGACCAGCUAUUUUAGUAAAUGGAUGUACACGAUUUUUCCAAUGUCGAGUUUUUGUUGUCAGUCAACUAGCUCGACACGAGUUUUCAGGCGCAAAUUACUUCAUCAUAAAAUUUGUCUUAACUGAAACUUGACAUUUGAGACGGCUUACCUCUUCUUCCACUUAGAUGCGUUCAAAUAAACUGCUCUGCUGCGAACUUGGAAGUGGGAAGCUCUACCUGCAAAAAGAAGCUACCAUAAGCUGUGCAUUGUAGGGGACGGCUAUGAAACUUCUUACUACUUCUAAGGUUCAGAGAACAAGUAGUAAUCAUGAAGCUUAUGUCCACAGAACGUGAAAAUAAACGAUCUUACUCGUCAUCAAGUAUCAUCAUUUUAGAAUUAAAGUCACAGCUUGGUGCAUGGCAAAACCUAACAUAAGAAUAUAUUACCUGCAAGAAGUUUUUUCAUCCUCUCCACCGGAUAACUCGAUCGAACGCAGCAUAGGCUUAUCCUGUGAAAUAAUCUUGCG